AUGUUCGAAACGGAGGAGGCAAACAUGGGAAUGGUCGAAUUGGCCCGGCAGAUGAUCGAACGAAUCGAGAAGCACGGGACCGUCGAGGGCUUCGCCAACAGUGAUCUACACGAGAUUAUCAAAUCGGUUCGGACGGCGUCACCUACGGCUUCUCCCCAGAAUUCUCAGUUUUCAGACAAAAGACCUUCUGGAGCCGCUGCCGUGUCUUCUGGAAGUGGUCUCUCCAGUCAUUGUGUUCGGCGACGUUCACGGACAAAUUGGAGAUCUCCUUCAGUUCGUUCCUAUACUCUGAUUUUCUGAUCCUCUCUUCCUCUUCAGAUUCGUCAAAGUGGUUGGCCGUCCGCCCGAUCGGCAGCUUCUGUUCCUCGGCGAUUACGUGGAUCGGGCGAGCAAAUCCCUCGAGGUCUCUUCUUUUUCUCAUUCUCACGGAGCACUCUCAUGGUUCAGGUGAUCACUUGGCUCUUUUGCAUGAAGAUUCUUCACCCGCAAAAGGUGCACUUGCUGCGAGGAAACCACGAAGUUCGACGUGUGAAUGCCGUCUACGGAUUCAGAGAUGAAAUGCUCAGAAAGAGAAAUUCCGAGUUGUGGAAGGCGUUCAAUGAUGUCAGCAGAACUCUAAAUUACCAAUUCUCACGAAGCUCCAUCGUUUCAGGCGUUUUCCGAACUUCCGAUCGCAGCGAGCAUCAACCGGAAGAUCCUGUGCAUGCACGGCGGAAUUUCUCCGAAAAUUGAGAGCUGGGCGACGUUGACUGACAUGAAUGUGGGUUAGACGGGCCGAAGAAGGAGUAUCCUAUCAUUUUCAGAAGGCCAGAAUGCAUGGGGAAUGCGACACGGGACUGGCUGUCGAUCUGAUGUGGGCGGAUCCGAAUCGGGACGGAGACGAGUGCGGAGUCAACUCGAAGAGAGGCAUCUCGUGUGUCUUCGGUAAAACUGCCAUCGAGGAGGUCUGCACGAAACUCGACAUUGAUAUGAUCAUCAGGGCUCAUGAAGUCAAAGGGGUUCGUGAAUAGAUUGAGACAACAGGGAACCUAUCAAUCGGACACUCUUCAGAAAGGCCACGAGUUCGAAUUUGACCGACGUCUUCUCACCAUUUUCUCGGCGCCCUACUACUCGGGAGCCACCUCGAAUUGCGGCUCCGUGGCGACAAUCAGUCGGAGUCUGAAACUGCAGGUGGUCACUCUGAAACCACGGAAAAGGCACGAUUUGAUGAAUGAGGAGAGGAUGAAGAAGCACGAAAUCACGAGCAGUUUCAAGCCGACGAGCGAUGAGCCGGCCAAAAAAGGUGCUUCUGGGGGCAAUCGGAAUCUUCGUUGAAUCGUUUCGUUUUCAGUCACUUGUCAAUCGAACUUCCCGACGAAUUCCUCGGAUAUUUCUCCGUUCCUCGGCACGCAUUCCAUGUUUGCGCACGAGACGAAACACUGCAAAAAGGACGAAGAAGUCAAUGUUCCCCUGAAAGCGUUCGUUCCCGAAGAGGAGGCUUCUGCUCUUUCGGUCAUUCUGAAAACUCAGCAAGGAUACGGAAUGGCCAUCAGUUUGCAGUAAACGGACCUGUCCCGGAGACGCGAAUCAUUGUUUUCUUUUCAGCGAAGAAGAGGGAAUGUCUCUGGAAGCGAUCCGUCAGAAAUUGGGUUUGGCCGCCGAGAAAGAAAAUGGUGAGCAGUGGGAGACAUCGGAGAUCCUGAUUCAAAUGAUUGCAGCCACUUCUGCUCCUGCCGUCAAUACUCCCACCCCGGAUCCGCCCGUUGAGAACGCGUCGGCUUCGCCGGUUCCUGAAAAGGCUCCAACGGCUCCGGAUGUUCCACCGGACCCUCUUUCUCUUCCGCCUUCUGAAACGCAUCCGAAGCCCAAGACACCGCCUGGACCCACACCUCCUUCUUCGGCCGAAUCUAUUUGA